GCGCUGCGCUCGCACCAGCUGUUUCCCGCCUUGAGACACACACACACACUCACACACACACUCACACACACACACACACACACACGCGCGCGCCGCGCACACACACACUCACACACACACACACACUCACACACAGGCGGACGGCGGAGCCGCGCCGAGCCGCGCGGCGCGCAGCCCCGUCCCGCCCCGUCCCGGCGCGUCCCGCACGCCGCCCGCCCCGCUCGGCAUGGAGUACUUCAUGGUGCCCGCCCAGAAGAUGCCCUCCUUGCAGCACUUCAGGAAAUCCGAGAAGGAGGUCAUCGGCGGGCUCUGCAGCUUGGCCAACAUCCCAUUGACUCCGGAGACCCAGCGGGACCAGGAGCGGCGGAUACGCAGGGAGAUCGCCAACAGCAACGAGCGAAGGCGGAUGCAGAGCAUCAAUGCUGGUUUCCAGUCUCUGAAAACGCUCAUCCCACACACGGACGGGGAGAAGCUCAGCAAGGCGGCGAUCCUCCAGCAAACGGCUGAAUACAUCUUUUCACUGGAGCAGGAGAAGACUCGGCUACUGCAGCAGAACACCCAGCUCAAGCGGUUCAUCCAGGAGUUCAGUGGCUCCUCCCCGAAACGGCGACGGGCGGAGGACAAAGAUGAGGGCAUCGGCUCGCCGGACAUCUGGGAAGACGAGAAGGCCGAGGAUCUGCGGCGGGAGAUGAUCGAGCUCCGGCAGCAGCUCGACAAGGAGCGCUCGGUGCGCAUGAUGCUGGAGGAGCAGGUUCGCUCCCUGGAGGCCCACAUGUACCCCGAGAAGCUGAAGGUGAUUGCUCAGCAAGUGCAGCUCCAGCAGCAGCAGGAACAGGUGAGGUUGCUGCACCAGGAGAAGCUAGAACGUGAGCAGCAGAUCCGAACCCAGCUCCUGCCAGCACACGGUCCCCCAGCGCCCACCCACCACCCCACUGUGAUCGUACCAGCACCGCCUCCCUCCCAUCACGUCACUGUGGUCACCAUGGGCCCAUCCUCUGUCAUCAACACAGUCUCCACGUCCCGGCAAAACCUGGACACCAUUGUUCAGGCGAUCCAGCACAUCGAAGGGACACAGGAGAAGCAGCUGCAGGAAGAGGAGCAGAGGCGCGCGGUCAUCGUGACGCCCGUCCGGGCCUGCCCCGAGCCCUCCAACUCCGACACCGCCUCCGACACAGAGGGCAACGACAGUGACUCCAUGGACCAGAGCAAAGAAGACCCCUUGGGGGAAGGGGAACUGCCCUGACACCCCCCGGCCGGCAGCCGGGGAGGGGACGGGGCAGGGGAGGGAAACGUCAGAGAAUAUGCUGAAAUUUUUAAAAAAUACAAUGCGAUUUGGGUCUCUUUUAUGACCUUUUUCCUAUACUGUAAAUCAGAGCGCUAGCAGCAGGCAAAGUUCACUGUUCAGUUCAAAGCAAGCAGGGGAGACGGGGGGUGCGGCGUUGGGGGCUGGCACCGGGGGGGGCGGUGGGAGGGCAGCGGCGUUAACUCGACACGGGCCAAAACUGGAACCUGGGCUCCGAGCUCAGCUGAACUGUUUCGGGAAGGGCGUCUGGGGUCGGGGGGGUGGGGGGUCGGAUCCUCCCGAGUUUUGUCACCCCCCCACCAACCAACCUGCAGGAAAUCCUGCAAAACCAAAGCCAGUCCCGGCUUUCCCCGCUGGCGAGCGGGUGCUGUGUGUCAGCAAACGCGUUUCUGUUGGGACGGGGUCUUCAGUUGGGUUUUUGAUUUUUUUUCCUCUUUUUUUUUUUUAAUUUUUAAGGGGGGGGUGCAUUGCAAGGGAGACGUCAAGCGAAGUGACACUGCAUAAAACACAGCACCCGCUCCGGGCCGGGGGAGCCGAGCGCUGCGGGCGCUUUCACUACGUACCCUGCCGCCUCCGGCCGUACCCCGGCUCCGCGCCUGGGUGAGAAAAACACCCGUAGCCACUUAAAAAUACCGGGAAGGUGCUUGCGCGAGCACAGGCUGCGGGGCGGGGGGCAGGCACGCCACCGCCGAGACCUUUUGGGCUCCCUCAUCCCCCACGAUGGGCGACGGGGACGGAGCUCGGGGUUUUUUUUUUUUGGUUAUUAGUUUCGGUGAUGGCCCCGAAAUGAAAACCUGACGGCGAAUUCCCGCCUGGCUCCGGCCUCGGCGCCGCCCGGCCGGGGCCCGGCAGCCUCGCGCUCCACCUUUCCUCUUUGUUCCCUCCUUUAAGCACUUAAUCCGGUUUGCGGGAUUCGUCAGGUCAGAAGAGCUUUUCUGUUUUGUGAUUGUGUCGCUUCUAUUUUUUCGUUGUUCGGGGGGGGUCCCCGUUUUUCGUUUCCGCCUCCCCCGCCUCCGCCUCCCCCCCGUGCGGCUGUAGGGUUUUAGGCCAGUCUUGUGUAGAGCCUUGUUGGUAUUUGGUAGGUUCCUCCCCAGCCACAGCUGUUUCUCUCUCGGUUUCUUUCUUUUUUUUUUGUAUUUUUUUUUUUUUUACGAUUUUCAGGUCUUUGUGUUCAUUGAGAAGCUAUUAUAUUUUGUUAAGAAAGUGAAAAAAAAAAAGAGGCUCGUGCCUUUGUAAAGAAACAAAAUAAAGUUUGUACUUUGUUUUUUAGA